AUGGGGUCGUUCAAUGUCACUCACCCUGCAUUCUUCCUCCUGACUGGUAUCCCUGGUCUGGAGAGCUCUCACUCCUGGCUGGUGGGGCCCCUCUGUGUGAUGUACGCUGUGGCCCUUGGGGGAAAUACAGUGAUCCUGCAGGCUGUGCGAGUGCAGCCCAGCCUCCAUGAGCCCAUGUAGUACUUCCUAUCCAUGUUGUCCUUCAGUGAUGUGGCCAUAUCCAUGGCCACACUGCCCACUGUACUCCGAACCUUCUGCCUCAAUGCCCGCAACAUCGCUUUUGAUGCCUGUCUAAUUCAGAUGUUUCUUAUUCACUUCUUCUCCAUGAUGGAAUCAGGUAUUCUGCUGGCCAUGAGUUUUGACCGCUAUGUGGCCAUUUGUGACCCCUUGCACUAUGCCACUGUGCUCACCACUGAAGUCAUUGCUGCAAUGGGUUUAGGUGCAGCUGCUCAAAGCUUCAUCACCCUCUUCCCUCUUCCCUUUCUUAUUCAGAGGCUGCCUAUCUGCAGAUCCAAUGUUCUUUCUCACUCCUACUGCCUGCACCCAGACGUGAUGAGGCUUGCCUGUGCUGAUAUCACUAUCAACAGCAUCUAUGGACUCUUUGUUCUUGUAUCCACCUUUGGCAUGGACCUGUUUUUUAUCUUCCUCUCCUAUGUGCUCAUUCUGCAUUCUGUCAUGGCCAUUGCUUCCCGUGAGGAAUCUCUCAAAGCUCUCAACACAUGUGUGUCACAUAUCCUGGCUGUACUUGCGUUUUAUGUGCCAAUGACUGGGGUCUCCACAGUGCACCGCUUUGGGAAGCAUGUCCCACACUACAUACAUGUCCUCAUGUCAAAUGUGUACCUAUUUGUGCCUCCCGUGCUCAACCCUCUCAUUUAUAGUGCCAAGACAAAGGAAAUCCGCCAAGCCAUUGUCCACAUGUUUCGCCACAUCAAAAUAUGACUUUCACACUUGGCUUUAGAAUCUGUUGUUUAUUUUGGCCAUAGGUUCUCAUCAGUAGCAUCAUCAUCAUCAUCAUCAAAGUAUAAGAUAGAUUAUGUGCUGUGGGGAAGGUAGGCCAGGAAAUGGUGAUGCAAAACUUAUAACACAAAACAAGGAGUUCCAAAUGAAUAGUACAUUCACUAAAUACCAACAGCAUUCUUAGAAAGAUAAAUAUUGGGGGCAAUUGAGUAAUUAGACAAGUUUUACAGAGGAAGAUUAAUUUAAGCUAGGAAUUAUUUUCUAUAAUAAUGAAUAUUACUAAUAUAACAAUUAACGAACUUAGUCCUAAAAUGUGUCAAGUUCUAUUAUAAUUUGUGUGUAUUAAUUCACUUAAUAUUCAUACAAAUCCUCUAAGACACAGAUAAUUAAUUCUUCAG